UUUUAUAAUAAGAACUCAGUACAAAGAAUACAAGACCAAAUUAUUUCAUUAAUAAAAAAAGGAAACAAAACAAACAUUAGAAAGAUUAGGAAUAGGAUUUCCAUAUAGCUUGCAAAACCCGCCCAAAACUACAAUCCCACAACAAAGCCUCUCUCUCUCUCUCUCAUGGGGCAAGAAGCCCAAACCCCUGAGAGCUGGUUCCUCUCCUCUGGCAUAUAAACGGACCUCAAGGUAGACGCCGUUACUUUCACCAACCCGUUAAGUCACGUGCCUCAAACCGAUUCCUCGUGCAUGGCUCAUGAGCAGUUAAGUCCGCCGCCGCCGCCCGUUGACGGAGACCCAAACGCCGUCCCCGUCUCUAACGGCGUUGAUGCAGCCGACGAUAGCAACAGACCACCCAGGCUUCCUCGGUGGACUCGACAAGAGAUACUCAUCCUCAUCCAGGGCAAGAAGGUUGCAGAGAACCGGGUUCGAAGGGGCCGAGCCUCCGGUUCGGCUUUCGGGUCGUCCAACCUUGAACCCAAGUGGGCCUCUGUUUCGUCUUACUGCAAACGGCACGGCGUGAACCGAGAGCCCGUUCAAUGCCGGAAACGGUGGAGCAACCUCGCCGGAGACUUUAAGAAGAUCAAAGAGUGGGAGUCGCAGAUAAAGGAAGAGGCCGAGUCUUUCUGGGCCAUGAGGAACGAUUUGAGGAGAGAGAGGAAGUUGCCAGGGUUCUUUGAUAGAGAGGUAUAUGAUAUCUUGACCGGAGGGACGGGACCGAUCACGGAGCUGGCGGUGACGACGGAUGGGAAGAGCAUAGAAAGGGCGCCGACGGUGGUGAAGGAAGAGGAGAAGGAGGCAGUUUUUUAUAGUGGUCGAAGUGCAGCAGCUGAUGGUGGAUUAUUUUCUGAUUUUGAGCCACCGGGGCAGGAAGAGGCCGGUGGUGAAUCGGAGAAGGAGACGGCGAUGGGGAGCCCCGCAAGGACAAUCCCGGCUCCAGUGCCUAUUUCGGAGAAGCAGUACCAACCUUUUUCUGAAGGAUAUCUACAUCAAGGUACAACAAGUGAAAAGCAGCCUUCAACAAAUCCUGAGAAAGGGUCCACAUCUGAGAAGGUUAAGAAGCGGAGGAGGUUGUCAGCAGAUGGGAAUGGUGAUACCAGUGUACAGGAUCAAUUAAUUGAAGUCCUGGAGAGGAAUGGUAGAAUUCUCAGUGCACAACUUGAAGCUCAGAACCUCAACUGCCAAUUGGACAGAGACCAGCGGAAGGACCACGCUAACAACCUAGUUGCUGUUCUUGGCAAGCUUGCAGAUGCUCUAGGAAGAAUAGCCGAUAAGUUAUAGCCAAAGGUCAUGCAUCAAUGUAAAGUUCCUUAAUCUCCUGUUUUCCGCCUUCUCCAUUGCUCUUAUUCAUCUUUCUUGGCUAACUGCCAUUAUUGGAUCCAUACAACGAUUAAAAAUCAUAGGAAGUUGAAAAGGGUUAACAUUUAACAGUAAUAAUUUUUUUAGUUCUAUUUAGAGAUUAUGACAUCUUGUAUUGGUUUAACGAUCUCAUAUUGCUUUAUUGAUUCUAAUAAGUGAUCAAGAUUUUAAUGUGAA